AUGACCGUUAAAGAAAUUGAACAAAUGGCAGAAAAAGAACGGUUUGCAGACGAAUAUCAAAGGAGACAUUUCGUAGAUUUAGUCACCCAAUGGAAUACUAGAUACGAAGAUUAUAUGAAAGAAGGAAAAAAUAGCUGGAUUGGAGUUGAUUUAAAAGAAAUCCGCUUUUUUCCUAACGGAAGGUCGAUUUUUAGUCGUCCAAUUGAUCGCAGGAAUCGUAUUUCUUUAAUAUUCCGGUACAACAUAAAUGCCAUUUGCCUUGGCUUGGAUUAUAUGCAUUAUGAAGUUGUUAUUCCUUUGCACGAAAUUCUCGGAUUGAAUC